AUGAAUAACUUUCAAUCUAAACUAAAUAAAAAAUAUAGUUCAAAAUAUAAAAAUAAACAAAUAGAAAAUAAAAAUAAAAGAAAAUUACUUCAAUUGAGAAAUGGUCACUUUAGAAGAAUAGUAGAUAAUGAAGUUAUAAGUAAAAAUAGUAGCUUACCUUUAUCAUGUACUUGUAUUUGUGCUACUCCAAGAACAGAAGAAAAUAAUAUCAUUAGUUCAAAUGGAAAAAUAAAUAACAGAUAUAACUCAUCAGAGAGAUCUGAAAAGUUUGAAAAUAAAGAACAAAUUGAUAAAAAGAGUUAUUUUUCGAAAAACUAUAAUAAAGUUAACUAUGUAGAUGAAUUAAAUAGUGAUAAAUCAGAAAAAUUGCAAAAUGAGAAGACUAUAGAUCAUCCUUCUAUUGGAACCAUAUCUGAUAUCUCCUUUACACAAACAAGCAAAAAAAGUGAUGACAAUGCUUCUAUAAUAGGUGAAAUAGAAACAGAAAAGGAAAAUAAAUAUUCAGCUUCAAGUACAGAAAAUGAAGAGGAAAAAGAAAAAAUAGAAAAAAAAAAAAAAAAGGAAAAAAUUGAAGAAAAAAAAAAGGAAAAAAUAGAAGAAAAAGAAAAAGAAAAAAUAGAAGAAAAAGAAAAAGAAAAAAUAGAAGAUGAAAGUUUUAAUGAUGAUUAUGAAUUUAAGGAUGAUAUAAAAGAAGAUGAAACAAAAAAUAAAGGGGAUACAUCUAAUGAUAACAAAUUAAUACCACCAUCGAAAACAUUAAUGAAAGGAAUAAAGGCAAAUAUAUACUUUUUAUCAAAUAAAGAAAUGGUUGAAGUUUUAAUGUGUUAUAAUUAUAAUUGUAAUGCUCUAAUUUUUGAAAAAGACAACUUUUUAAGAUAUUUAUAUUUGAAAUCAAUUAACAAUUUCAUUUUAAACGAACGUAUGAUUGAGGGUCUGUGUAAUAAGGAAAAUAUAAAAUAUGUUUUAGCUUGCAAUUCAAUUGUAAUUGAAUCUAGUGAUUUUCUCAAGCCACUUAUCGUUGAAUUUGCAUCAUCUAUGGUUAAAAAAAUAUUUGUUAAACAUAUGAAACUUACCUCUCAACAACAAUGGGAUAUGAAAAAAUACAAUGAAUAUUUAGAAGAGCUUGAUCCAUCUGAAAAAUUAAGAUUAAGAAAAGUUGAAAGAUUUCAUUCAUAUAAUAUGUUGGUUACUAAUAAUUAA